ACUGUAAUGAGGUUUGCUCCCAAACCGUGCGCCCAAUAAUGCAGUUUUUGUACCUUCGAAUAAAACUGACAGGGGGUCAUCUAUCAUGAAAUUGUAACAGAAAGAGUUAGUGAAUGGAUCUAAACAGUCUGGAUCUGAACGCCAGAACGACAAUCUGCAAAUAGGAGAAUGUCAAUUAUUCCUGCCAUUUUCAGUCUUUUUUGUCUCCCAUCAUUUUGUGAUUCGUGUGUUUUCUUACCCUUUCUUAACUACCUCUGGGAUAUUUGGGAGCCAAUGCAUGUCAGAUUGAUUUUGAACAGUGCCAUCUUCGACGAUUGUGCGGCCACUCUGUCCCAAAGAGAUUGGAUUACCUUUCGGGACAGCUUAUGCUCUAUUCCAAACGAUAUCCAAGGUGUUGUCUUGAUCCGGGAAGAAUACGACGAGAUUCCACGAUGUACAUGGGAUCAGUGCAACUCCAAUGCACUCACCAUCAUUCCGAGUAACGCUCAAACUUUGCCGUGUGUAAUUAGAUUGGACAGCUCGUUAUUCAUGUAUCAAGUCGAAGGGUUGGCUUUAGUUUUGAGCGAGGUGUACGCAAUUCAAAAAGGUCCAUUGAUCUUCAAUCACAUUGGAAUAUGGACGGAGAAGAUGGGUCUCCAAAGCAAUCACUCUUUAUCAAAAUGGGAACGUCGAACAGACUUAAGUACCGCCAAUUUGAGGGUGGCACUUUUCAAGUCCAAUGGCCUGUCGAAGAAUUCUUCUUCGGAGGCAAACACUGACUCCGUUUCACGAUAUUUCAUUCGAGUGUUCCAAAUCCUUCAACAAAACCUCAACUUCAGUUUCGAGCCCCACAUCAAUACACAGGGAGCUUGGGGAUCCAAAGAGAGUGGAACUUGGAAUGGGAUUGUUGGCAUGCUGCACCGAAACGAGGCUGAUAUUGGAAUGCAAUCCCUGUCCAUCACCAAAGAUCGGAACAAGGUCAUCGACUUCAGUACACCCUUGAUCUUUGACAAACUGACGUUUAUCAAAGGCAAUGAGCUGCAAUACGACAUCAACUACUGGAUAUACAUCAACAUCUUCAGAAAGGAGGUGUGGUUUGGAAUUGCCAUCAUAAUAGCAUUGGGAUCAGCCAUCUUCUCUGCGAUUUCGUGGCUACAAAUUGAUUGCUUGCACGAGGAACUUGAAGAGAAAUUCGGAGUGGCGAACGGGUUUGCCUUGACUUGCGCCACAAUGUUGCAGCGUGACUAUCUUUUUGAGAGAAAGCACGUCGUCACCAGAAUUACUUUCAUGUCUCUAUGCUUAGGCUCGUACUGUCUUUUGGCAUUUUAUGGAGCGGAUUUGACCUCUGGAAUGACUGUUCAUCCACGUCCCACCAUCUUACGUUCCAUGAAUGAUAUCAUUGGCAAAGAUUUCCAGAUCAGAGUGGUUGGUGCAAGUGCCAAUUCUGAUUUAUUCAUAUACGCCCCAGUGGGUACUCCGAUGAACAGGAUAUAUGAGACUCUAAUUAAAACAGAUCCAAAUGCAUUAAUGACUCCAAAGACGGAUGAUGAGGUGAUUUCGAUGGUUUCCACAAACGAAAAGAUCCUUUAUUUUGCUUCUAUUCUUCCUUACCGAUUACCAAACUCACCAGUUACCAUCUUAAGCUUAGUAGACAUGGUGGAUGAUGCCCAAGGCUUUGGAUUUCAGAAGAACUCUGAAUUUUUGGAAUUAUUUGAUUUUCAUAUUUUGAAACUGGAAGAGAGUGGCGUUGCCCGACGAAUUCGAAGCGAACUCUUUCCUAUCGCCAACCAAGAUGUAUCCGUCAAUGCAGGCAUCACUUUGGGGUUUGAAAAUCUCAUCUUUCCUUUCUUAAUGCUUUUUGUAGGUAUCGGCAUCUCGGCUCUUUUUGUUUUGAGUGAGUUUGUAAGAAAGAGAUUUGAUUGAAUCGCAAAUAAAACUACACACAAGA